AUGUUUGCUGCGUUUAGGCCGCUCGUCGAUACCAUCUACAGUGUUCUCGACGGCCCGUAUGACGUCGCCACGUACGUCGUGGCGCCACUGGAUGCGCUCGAGAUGCGCUUGGUCAAUGAGCAGUUCGCGUGCAUGUGCUUUCUCUUGGACGUGGACAGGCGCAUGGGCGACGUCCAGCACGCAUGGCAGGCGCACAAGAAGCGCGGUAUCCUCAACGUGUGCGUGCCCACGGCAGUGACCAACGCCGUGCUGCGCGACGUCGAGAUGCUCUUCCAAGCUCUGUGCACCAACCGUCCGUAUCUGCAAGACAUGGAGCACAUCCUCGCGCUGCUCAUGUGCGGUGACGCGCUCCUCGAGAUGGUGACGCGCCACGCCGUCUCGUUCAACACGGCCGCGGGGCUGCUCAUGGUCGCGCGGCGCGUCCAGACGCCGACGCUUCGCCGCACCGCGCUCGGCAUCUUGGUGCACGAGCUGCACACGACGCUCUUACUCGCGCUCCACGCCGACCUCCGCGAGUUCAUCACGAUCACGCAGCUCCAGCCCAACGAGCGCAUCGCCGUCGACCCGAUGGCAUUUGGGCGGCCCUGGAACGAGUCCGAGUGGCGGGUGUCCAACACGUCCGAGCUCUACCAGACGUUUUUUGCCAACAUCCUGCCGACGUUCAUUUCGCACGCGCUCCAGGACGGCGCCGAUGCGUGGUUGGAGCUCGAAGCCGGCAUGAUGCCAUUCCCGAACCUCGUGCACGAGUACGUCCAUACGCUGACGGCCUCGUUUCUCUUGGCGUGCCAGUCGCUCUUAUGGAGCAUUCUGUACACGCAAGGGUCACUGUCCAAGGCCAUUUCGUGUGCCAAAGUCGCGAAGUCGACGUCGAUUGCACUCGCUCGGCUCUCGUUCCAGCUCGAGCGCUGCCGCAAGAACGGGGAUGGCCUCUAUGUGCAGCCGUAUGUUCCGAUCAACAUUGACAAUGCACUCGGAUGGCUCACGCAUCGCAUGCUCGCGUCCGCGCCGUCCAACAGCUUUGCGCCGUUUGAGAUGGACCGUACAUGGCCGGGCGGAAUCUGCUCAUGA